AUGGCUGACUGCUACACAUUACGUGGCCCCAAAGGUCAGCCUCUCGCUAAGGACCUCCUCCGUCCCUCUCCAGAAAAGGAAAAGAAGAAGAAGAAGAAGAAGCGCCUGGUGCAGAGCCCCAAUUCCUACUUCAUGGAUGUGAAAUGCCCAGGAUGCUACAAAAUUACCACCGUCAUUAGCCACGCACAAACAGUAGUUUUGUGUGUUGAAUGCUCCCCUGUUCUCUGUCAGCCAACAGGAGGAAAAGCAAGGCUUACAGAAGGAUCCUCCUUCAGAAGGAAGUAGCACU